AUGGCUACCACUUAUCAUCCGCAAAACAAUGGACAAGCCGAUGUAUCGAAUCGACAAAUUAAGAACAUUCUUGAGAAGGUUGUAAACCCUUCAAGGAAAGAUUGGUCUUUUCGAUUGGAUGACGCUUUAUGGGCAUUUCGGACAACAUACAAAACUCCAUUAGGGAUGUCAUCAUAUCAAUUGGAUUAUGGGAAAGCAUGUCACUUUCCAGUUGAAUUGGAGCACAAAGCAAUGUGGGCAAUUAAUCAAGUGAACAUGGACUAUGAACCGGUUGGAAAGAAAAGACUGUUGGAUAUCACUAAACUAGAGGAGAUUAGGAGAAAUGCCUAUGAAAAUGCUAUGAUUUAUAAGGAAAAGACCAAACAAUGGCAUGACAAGAUUAUUUUACAACGAUAA